AAUAAUCCGCGCGUUAAUGAGGACCCGAAGGACGCACUGCUCAGAGAGUUUCAGUCAGAGAUUGAAAAACUGAAACAACAACUCAUCGAAAAGAGGCGACGAAAAGAGAACCGAUUGUCCGGUAAUAUAAGCGACGAUCAGUCGACUACUCCUGUGUCCGAAACGGGGCCUCAAAUAGACACCGAAGCGGCCGAAAAACUUCAGGCAAAGAUCAAAGCCAUGGAAAGCAAGCUAUUGGUCGGCGGCAAGAAUAUUGUCGAUCACACGAAUCAACAACAGAUGGAAUUAGAGCUCAAGAGUAAGGAACUGAUGACUCAGAAACGACGGGAGAGAGAAAUGUUGCAGAGAUUGGAAGAACAGGAGGAGACUGUACUCGAGAUUAGAGAGACGUUUACAUCACUUCAACACGAAGUGGAGUCUAAGCGAAGAAAGUUAAAGAAAUUGGUUUCAAAAUUGCAAUCAAUUAAAACAGAGACCAAAGAUGUGAUGGAAGCGAAUGGACGCGAACGACGAGAGUUGGAAAAUAUGCAAAACGAACUCAUGAAGGAAUUGAAACUCAAAUACCUCGUUAUCGACAACUUUAUACCAAUCGAUGAGAAAAAUAAACUCUUGAGUCGUAUUGUCUUCGAUGAGGACGAAGAGAAUUGGAAGAUAAUGAAGACGUCGAGCGUCGACAGCAAUGUAUGCAAACGACCCAAUUCUUGCGCCGGAUAUCGGUAUCCCAUCUCAGAGUUCGCCCGAUUGGCCGCCGAAGUGAGCGCUGGCGUGAGGUAUAGGUGUGAGAAUAUAAUGGACUGCGAACUCGAGAUGAGUUGCCGCACCACCAAAGACUAUACGGCUCCCAGACUAUCACCGAGAGUGAGGGCUGCGCUCGACAACGCACUCAAACGCGAAGACGAUAUUGACGUCGAGAUCAGUACAAUUCCUGCGCCGACUUCUCGUCGAAAAGGGAAGGAAAAGGAGUCAAACGGCAAUAUUUUGCGUCCGUUGACUGCGCUUAAGAUAUCAAAUCGGAGUUCGUCUCGAAAUUUAUACUCACGGCCGGACACUGCGAGUGCCAAUCAGUCCUUCCCUCAGGCCAGAGGACUCAUUCGCAAAUGA